AAAUCUUCACUUAGCUCUCUUGAGUCGAAGGCCCUUCUCCUUGGAUCAAUUUCUCCAACAACCAAAACUCUUGUGAAUGCUGUCGGAGGGAAGUGUUGCCAUCUGGAGAUGAGAGCAAAACCUUAUAUCCACGGCUGGCCAUGAAACUCAAAGAAGGGUCAAAAAGAUCGAUCUAACGAGAAAAAACAGAGAGAUUACAAAAACUGAAAACAAAAAUAAACAGAAAGAAUAAGCACGAGAGGUGGUCUCUAUCAAUCAUCACUUAGUAUUUGAAAGGCUGAGAAUAUGUUUGAUGUCUCUAUCUUGUCCUUUAUACUAUCUGCGGCUUUUGCUUUUCUUUUAAUGUUAUUGUCUCUAUCUUGUCAUUUAUACUAUCUGCAGCUUUUGCUUUUCUUUUAAUGUUACUGUCUCCCUCUUCACGUAAAUCUGACCGUUGUAACAUUGCUGAGUUAAACUCAGGUUUGGUGAUUGUCUUGGUCCAGCCUUUUGCCUUUCUACUGAACUGAAACAGAGUUUUCAGGUUCUCUGUUAAUAAACUGUUCCUCAUACUCAGAGUCAGUAGAUGAAAGCUAAGCUCUGUGUCACUAAUAACGUCAGCUUUGCCACUAAUAAGAGCUUCUUCGUCACUAAGCUCUCCAUCUUCGUCUUCAUCAUCAUCAUUAUCGCCUAUAGUGCAUCCAUAGAUAGGCUUUCCCAAAGCCAUACUGCUUCGACAGAACUAAGAAGCGUCUAUGUACCUUUUCAAAAAGUGGCUGUGAUAAAAAAAAUUAAAAAAAAAUUUCUCCAUUUGAAAAACUCAAAAGCAUGGAGGAACUCCCGGUGUCCUGAGAUGUCCUCCAUGAUUAGCACCAGAUUUAACGAUUCAAGAUGGCCAACAGCCAUGCACAUAAAGUCCACAAAAAUCUUCUGCAGAUGUUUUUUUUUUCAAAAAAGAUAAAACACAUAAGAAAUCUAAAAAGAAAAUGAGGGCUUGUCCUCCGACUGAUAAGGUGUCCCAAAGCCAUGCUGUAGUAACGGAAAUAUCUUUCAACAUGGGUAAGUCCUUAGGCUGUGCUAUUAGAGGAAUUGAAGUUUGAUGUUGAGCAGAAACCAAAGCUCUCAUGAAGAAGAUGAAUACAAGAGAAUCUGGAAAUUAUAAUUGUUUCUGUUAAUCGUAAAUGAAGAAGAUACAAGUGUUUAUAUACAUCAUAAGCUAUCCGUUUUUUUCUAACUAACCAAACCACAAACCAACUAUACAUACUCUAAUAUGUGCUAAGAUACAAUUGUAGUAUCGUUUUCUUUGGAGUAGAUCAAAAGCUUUGCUGAACUGGAUAUGCCCUGAGGUGUCUCCCAUAAUUCGCAUAAGACUGACUUGUGUACAAUACUCAACUGCUUUGCAAAGGAAGUGCGAUAAAAUCAUCUGACGUCUCUCGCUUCUUCCCUUCUUAAGGGCAAGCCUUGUGUUCUCCGAUGCAGUAACAGCAUCCAUACCGGGACAUUCGACCAGGUCCCAGAGCACCACCACUUUUGCCGUUCUGAGAUAUUCGAAAACAGCAAAACGCAUAAUAACAAUAAAGAAUUGCCAUGCGAGUUCCUCAUUGGUGAAGAAACUCAUGGUUUCCACGAGACUAUUGCUUUCGUCACAAACAAAACGAAGACGAACUAAGUAAUUUUAGGGUUCAUUUAUAUAUGAGUCUGCGUAUGACAGAGAGAGAGAGACGAAAAUUAUGUUUAUAUAGCUGCCCUCAUGAGAGACUUGUUCUUCAGGUCUUCAUCUUAAAUCUGAUUAGACAAUAUCAUUUAAAUUUGAUUUGGUUUGGUUUUUAUAAAUUUAUAAAAUUGCAUGGGUCAUGCAUGCAAUGCUGCGUAUAGUUGCUGUAUGUUCCCAAUUACCACGUGAUAAAUUAGCUUACAAUUUCGGUUAAGGAUCGGGUGAUGCUAAACCGGGGUCCGAAACUCAAAACCGAUUUAAAAAUGUGAGAGAGGCGGGUCCCAGAAAGUUUGUUACAGGGGCAAAAACGUCAUUUGCGAUUCAAAUAUUUCGAAAACUCGCUCUCUCCUCCGCGGUGUGCAUGUAUACACUCUCACUACGAACCGAUUCAGAGCUAAAACAAACAUUUGAAUCUCUUCCGCUUAACAAACUAUCGACUAGUGAGAUAGUGAGCGAGCAAGAGACGAUGAAGACGAGAUCCAGUGAUGUACAAUUAGCUGCUAACAGAGGCGGCAAGAGGAAAGCUCCCGCGGGAGACGAACACGGCAGAGGGAAGAGACGAUCGGUGAAGAGCGACGAACAGAAGAGCUCUCCUCAGAUAGAUAGAAGAUUAGCUCCGAAGAGGACGAUCCUCAGAGGAAUCCAUGGAUGCGUAUCUCCUCGGUGCUCUGCUUCUACUCACCGCUCCAGCUUCUCAUGGUACGAGCAAGAUGCGUGGACAUACAUCUCGAGGUUUUUGGAUGGGAAGUCACUGGUGAUGCUUGGAGCAACGAGCAAAUGGUUUAACAAGAUGGUGAUGGAGGAUGAUGCUAUUUGGAGGUUUGCUUGCUUGCGUGAUCUUCGUGUGCCAAAGCUGUAUCCAGCUUCUUCAAGCUGGAUCAAGAUCUAUGCUUCAGCUUUUGAUGGGAGGAGUCACUCUUACUUGUUCCAUCAGCAGGAAAAGCAUAUUGGUCAGUCCUUCAAUUUGAUUCAUGUACCUUUGAAAUUACUUCAUUUAGCUGAUUUUAUCACUGUGAUUAUAGACUGGAUGCGAAUUGGUGCCUUUACUCUUGACUCUGGAGUGUCACUCUUGACUGAGAAGUUGAGUUCUCCACUGAGAGUUCCAAGGGAAGGAACCAUUGAACGGAUGCUUGAAUCCAGUGGUGGAUGUAUUGUAAAAGACAUCAAAAGCGGUAUUUGGAUUGCAGAUUUGCAGCUAGUUCGGUGCCCUGUCUGUGACCUCAGUACCUGUGAUGGAACAAUGCAAACACUGGAUGCUAGGCAUGUUGAGCUGUUCUUGAAUGAAGGAUACAAAAAUGGAACUUGGGAAUACAAUCUUAUUGCGUCUCAUAAGUUGCAGAAAGACGCAGUUGCAGCUUGUGGAGCCAUAUUCGAUCUCAAACACCUUAAAUCUUCAUCCUCAGGUAUUCUUAACCUUAAGUCUUGGACCGGAGCUCCAGAUGAUUCCCAACCCAAAGCAAUGAUCGCACCCCACGCAGUAGCUCUUCACACAAGAUUACAAGAAAACGAAGGAAUCAUUGUGAAGUAUCAGACGAUGAAGGCAGGAACUGACGGUGACAUAGUUUCCAUCAGAAUCUCCCAGCAGCUACUCUGAGUUCCUGAUCACAAUGUGUUUAUCCCACUCACACAGACCAUCUUAAGUAUCUCUACAUUAGCCUUUUAUUAUAAAAAGUGUUACAUCGUUCCAUAUUUUGCAAGAAUAGUUUGAGAGAUUAUUGAACUUGUUAUAUACAAUCACACGCACCAAUGAUCAAUGUUUCUGUUA